UUUAACAUUCAAAAUUCAAGUAGUGGGGUCUCCACUACAUCGAGAAAUUUUUAUAGUGAGUGAGCCUAGUAUUUUUUCUUCACUAGUUAAGCACCUGCUAGGUCGUGUCUCUCACUCUCUUACUGUAUUAAGUUCCCAGGUCCUCGUGUCUCUUACCACUAAGUUCCCAGGUCCUCGUGUCUCUUACUACUAUAAGUUCUUCAGCUAUUUUCUCCUCAGCUAACAUCAUAUGUCCAUUAUAAGACGCGAAAAAAUACUACGAAGAUCAUGUCGCAUCCAAAAGAUGGUAAGCGACCACGAGGAUUCAAUUCUCCUCUCGGCGGUCGAUCGUUGCUGCUUUUGGUUGGGAUAAAUUGCCAUGCUUACGCACGCAGUUUUCUCUUAUGCAUGGGGGUUGAAAUGAGUAGAAGCUUCUUAUUUUCCUUCGUCCUCGUGGUCCACUGUAGUACUUUGCUUGAGUAGUUUUAUUGGUCCACUGUAGUACUUUGCUUGAGUAGUGAGUUUUAUCAUUCGAUCUUUCAUAUCGAUAUCCCUCACCUCCGAUAGCGUGUUCCUCAGCACGAGGCUGAUUUUGCAGUCUCUAUUCCUUCUAGUCGUGUGGUUCUUCCUCAAGUAGGUUCUAAGAACACAUGGUGACCACGUGCAAGAAAAUGCCUUGCCUUCGCCGUCGCUCGAAACCGCGGAGCAGAAUGUCAAGCAUUUGCUGCCACAAAUAGCAGUCAAAGCCCUUGCUGACGACAACCGCUCCAGUAGUAAGAGGGCGACAGUUAUGGUCUUGGAAAAAGAUGAUUCUCGAACAGGAAGUAGAAGACUCCAGAUCAUAUCUCCAGUACUAGACAAACAGCGGAAGACUCCAGAUCAUAUCUCCAGUACGUAGACAAACAACAGUUCCUCAGUAGACGACAACAGCCAGCUAGAAAGAUGCAAUCUCUCAGUAGACGACAACAGCCAGCUAGAAAGAUGCAAUCUCUCUUUAGGGUAUGUUUAGUUGCCUCAUUCGUGGGCAUACUACAUGAACAAAUCUAAAUCUAAACCACUCAUCUAAUAAAACAGAAGGUCGCGACCUGCUGAACCACUUGCUUGAGGAAACGUUGCAAGCAGCAGACAAAAAGGUGGUGUCUUGUGACUCUCUCCUACGCACGCAGCCUCCUCUAUUAAGGCUAGUUUAUCACUUCUAUGUCCAUGUGGUCGAUGCUUCUAAAUGCUGAGUAAGUUUAUCAGCGCUUGCUCUGGUCUUUGUUUUUUCUAGUUAGAUCUGCUCCACUACAACCAUUGCCCUGCUCCAUGUGGACUUCUAUGCCGAGUGGGGUCCCAGUCCCCGCAUCCUUUCACUUCUUUUUAUAGGGGAAAGAAACGGGUAAACAGAGAGAGCAUCCUUUCACUUCUUUUUAUAGGGGAAAGAAACUAUUAAGGGUGGAAAAGGGGAACUCACUCCCGAAAAACAGGGGAAGAAGCUAGCACUAACUCUAGUAGAGCAGUUGGAGGGCGAGCGCGACGCGGCAAUUCGAGAGUUGAAUCAAGUCUCCCAACAGCACCAGGAAAUCGUAAUGAAAAUGAACGACGUUUCCACGGAAAUGGCUACUUUGAUUAAGGAUACUGUCGCAUCAAUCCUUAGUUAGCGUCAGAUGCAUCCUGAGCCUCAACAGCAUCCUUAAUAUGGUUUCUCUUUUCCAGCAGUCUAGAAAAAGGAGAGUGAAGACUGUAGGAGUGUCUCUUCACAGUACUACUGAGUAGAAAAGAGGAUGUGAAGACUGUAGCUGCUCUAAUUUAACGGAGAGGCUGGAUGCCGAGAAAAGCGCUUUUCAUACCAGACAAACGGAAUUGACCGCAGAUUUAGAAUAUGGACUUGUUGGAUGAAAUACAAAUUUCUAUUUUUUUGGACAGAGUUUGUAGUGCACCUUAAUACGAGUUCGGGUGAUCUUUGUCUCUUAGGGUGGGGUGAUCUUUGUCUUCUAGGGUGCUCGAGCUGUCUUCUAGGGUGCUCGAGCAUACUAUAAACCAAUCAUUCGUGUCUGUGUGGAAAAAGUUACUCUCUAUCUCUUCAUGUGCAAGCGAAAAAGAACGAUGCUGAAAAGGUCGCGAAAGUAGUGGCUCUCGCGAACUGCGACACAGGAGGUGCUUUGGCGACGCAGGAGGUCAACCUUCGCUUGAGGAGUGCCGAUUACGGCCUUGUUGUUAAGAACUUAAUCUCGUUAGGAUUUGAUACCGUUUUUUGUUUGGAUCAUUUUUUUUGGAUCUGAUACCGUACAAUCAAUGACAUCUACGAGCGACGUACAAAGUUGCUUGUAGUAUGAGGGUCACCAACAGUGAUCAUGAGUCGCGGUGUAGAGCGAAGUUAGUAGUGUGAAAUGGUCUUUUAUACCGCUGCUGGAGUGGGUACAUUCAUUCACGAGAUGAUAAUGACUUCUUGUAGAAAUGAAUCGAAUAUGAAUUUGGCCUUAAUAGAUCUGGUUUUUUAGGGUCCCUUUUUAGAAGUAGAGGGCCGUAAGAGUCUAAUUUUCGCGACAAUCAGGUCUCGAGAGGUGCCGGAAAUGUACCGCGUCUAGAUCGAGGCGCCGUCGUGGAUAGCCUGGGCCGUGGCCUGGUUGCGGCUGCUGCUGCUAUUAAGGCCAGCAUAGGAGUAGGACAUUUCGCGAAGAAGGACCAAAAAGUUGGAAGGGUGAUGGGUUGAUUUUGAUGUAAAUAAACGUCAUCGGUCUACGAAGUCCACCAUUUUUAGAAAGAACCCAUGCACUGCUCUAAUAAGUAGAACACCACACUACAUCAUGGUGACUCGACAAUGAUCCAGGAGUUGCACCAGGAGCUUCGAAACAAACCGAACCGACUGCGAUGCGGGGACGCUGAGGAAGAACAAUGCCGAAAAAGGAGAAAAACUUCUUCACAAGUGGUGCGCCACGUUGUUUUGUUGUCUUUAUGGUUCCACGGAGCUUUGCGUUUCUCAGUCUCAAAAGGGCUUCACAAAGGUGCUAAGAUCAACACUUGGUUGCAUGCUGUUGGGUUAAAGUAAUAAAAUAGGAUCCAUCCACCGAAACUGCCGCUGAUCUCACCUCAAGUAGCUCCUCCACAUGACGCUGCUCAACCUGUACAUCCACUUCAAGAAUAGGGUUAGUAAUGAAGCACGUAAUUAUUAUGUCUUUAUGGUUCCACGGAGCUUUGCUCACAUGACAGAAUCUCACCAUCAUGUUUCUAAUAUUGUUCACAUGACAGAAUCUCUAAUGUCAUCAUCCUCUUCCUCUACCGAAUUACAAUCUGCCGAAUUACAAUCUGCCGUGGACGCGCUGAGUGAGAGCACUCGCGCCAGACUCCUCGACCCAGCCGACGGAGCGGACCUAGCUUCUGAAUCCUGUCCUUGUCCAGAGUUAUGUAUGAUUUUUUGUGCUGAGAUAGAUUCUAGCAGAGAUGCUUCACCAGCCGCGUGUUGUUAAAAAAUGAUAGUGGAACCUACUUUGUGACGGUAAGCCAAAACCAAUCGAAGAUGAAGAGUUCAUUCGUUAUGCCAUUCCUCAUUCAAGUAGACCUAUCUAUCACACGAGGACAUUAGAUAGUCGCUUUCGCUGGUCUAACAAAAGUCCUCCACACAGACUGCGCUGGCUUGUCGGAAAAAGCGGCGUUCCUGUUUGGAAUGAGCCACGAAUCUAUCAGUUUGGCUGAACAAGAACGGCAGAGAGUGGAACAAGCACAUGCUGCUAGGGUCCUCAACAUGCAGGAGGCUCUCAAAACAGAGACAGCGAAAAAACAGACUCUUGUUAUGAAUCAGUUAGCGGCUGUUGAUUCUGACAUUAGCAUCGAGCUUCACUCCUAGUUCGUUAGUCACUAGUAUUCGUUUUCCCUUUCACUUCUCCGUUAGCAGUAAACUAGUUGGACACGAGUAUUCACUCUCACUGUUUUUGACUCUUCGUCUACUCUAACUUUCGGAGUGAGCUAGUCGCUGUGACAAAGACACUCCAUGAAGCUCAAGGACUCAAGAACGCACUAAGCGAGCAGGCUGGCGCCGCAAGAGCGGAACUCACAGAACUGGAAGCCAGUUGCAAGCGAGAACUGCAUUAUGUUCUUGUGAAGUCGUAUCUAGUAGUAGGAGUAGUAGUAGUAUUAGUAGUAAACCCAAGUAAUCCUCGAAGAGUAGCAGUAGUAGUAGUAGUAGUAGUAAACUAUAAUAACAUCCUCGAAGUAGAAGAAAAAGUACUCGCUAUUACAAACUUUGUGUGAGAGCCAUCGUGUAGACCAUCUAUGACGCCCUUAUGACAGUCUGCACUGAACUUUGUGCGACUCGUCGGAACUCGCUCGCAAAAUACGCGGGUAGGUUUUGACUUAUCGGAACUCGCUCGCACUACAAAAAAAAAAAAAAAAGCGAGAUCAGUUGUAUUGUAUUGUAUUGGGCCGUUCAAAAAGUGGUCUGAACGUGAAUGAAUCCACCACCCAAAGACUGACCUGCAUCUAAUUCCCCGAUCUUUUAAACACUCGCUUGUGUUCUCUACGAGUUAUCCGGAAUGCAUUGCACGCGAAAUCAGCUGAGUCUGGACAGCCUAUUGCGGAUUGUGAGCUAUCAGAAUGGACCCAAGGGAGCUGCGAAAAAACUGUGAUGAAUAAAAGUACAACUUAUACUUGUAAUUUUGCUUACUCAUCUUAUACGGCAGUCUGCACUUGAUCAAUGUAAAUCGUAGGGGCAGUAGCGUAGUUUGUUAAGGAGAUUAAGAGCUCCCCCCUACGCCGGUAGCUACGCGGAAAAUACGCAGGUAGGUUUUGACUUAUCGGAACUCGCUCGCACUACAAAAAAAAGAAAAAGCGAGAUCAGUUGUAUUGUAUUGCAUUGUAUUGUACUCUCUCACUCUCUCUUACACGACAUACAACACGACAACACGAACUUCAAAUGACCAGGUUUAUGGUCCUCCUCUUUCCUGAGUAGAAUAAUAGCAUCAACCUGAAUGGAGAUAAUGGUGAUGGUCCUCCUCUUUCCUGAGUAGAAUGGUCCUCUGAGUAGAUAAUGGUGAAUGGUCCUCUGAGUAGAAUGGUCCUCCUCUUUCCUGAGUAGAAUGAUAGCAUCAACCUGAGCGAACCCUAUCUCCACCACAGCUUCCAUCAUCUCCUGCGACGAUAGCGCGAAAGGCGGUUUCACCACCUGGUCUAGGGAGAUCACGCAAGAACCCAACGCUUUCGGCCAUAAGUGCGGUAUUAAGGCUCACGGUCGUAAUUCUAAAAGUUCAUUACGCUACUCUAUUACCUAGACCUUUAAUACUUCGGCGAGGUGUGUCUGAACGUUUGGAAAUGCCAGGAUUGUUCUCGUUGCACCACGUUAAUUUUUGUUUGAAAAAUGCAGCCAGGCCAUUCCUCUAUUAAUUUCUCACCUCUUAUGGGAAUCUACUGUCCUCUGAAGCAAUGUUGAACUGAAGAAAUGCAUUGAUGUUUUGGUAUGCUGAGACGAGUGGUGUGCUGGAGACGAAUUGGUUGGCUUUAUUAAGCUACAUAAGAGGCGGUACCAUGACCUGACUUAUUAAGCUCUAACGCUAUGCUGGAGACGAAAACAGCCUGUGGACAACAUAAAUGUCCUCAAGAUUGUGAGUUGGCACCAUGGGAAGACUGGUCCGCGUGCACGGUCACCUGCGGGAUGGGAACGCAGGCACGAAGUAGAGCUGUUUUGAAGCCCGCGAAGUAUGGUUAUGACUUUUGAUUUUUGUUCGUCAUCAAAUCGAAAUCACGAUCUACAUCACGAUCUACAUCAUGACCUCUCUGUUUGGGUUACGAAUUCGUGGUUACGAAUUCGUUGCAGACGAUCACUCAGCUGCGAUUCUAUUGCAACUAGGCAUCCUGUCUCAAGAACUAGAGGCACCAGAGAAAGCGCUACUCUAUUACCUACACCUUUAAUACUUCGGCGAGGUGUGUCUGAACGUUGGAGAGACUCGCGCAUGCGAGGGCAUCGAAGGCGCGGCGUGCAUUAUGGCUUCAGGACUGAGGAAGCAAUCUGCAGCUUAUAAGUUCUAGUGUUGAGAUCCAGUACUAGUUCUUGAGUUCUUGACGUUUUUGAGAGUUUCGACUCAGCCGGCUCUAAUCCCCACAAGGAGUGCCAACUCGAGCCUCUGUGGACCCCCUGGAGCGGCUGUGUCUUACCAUGUAAUGACCGGCUCGGUGGCGCGGCCUCGAACAAUUUCGCCCUACGUCGUCGGAACGUUGCUGCGCCAGCUAUUGGAGAAGGCAUGUGCCCAGCCGUACUCGAUUCGGAGAGGUUCGAGACUGUCUCCUGUGAGCUGCCGCCGCAAGCUAUGUGACAAUUGAGCUCCAUACUUGGAUAUGGAUUCUUUUCGUGGUUCCUUCCACACAAUUCAGAUUGAGUAACUUGAUAUGAUAUCUACUUCUUCGACUAUGCUAUUUACUUAUUUUGCUUCGCUUUAGUGUACGAGAAACUUUUUUCAAAUAAUACCCUACUGCUAUACAACUAGAAGCAGAAGUUGUAGUACGGAAGAGGACGUUUUCAAAUGAACUUGCUGUUAGACUGUACUACUAAAUCGAUGUUCUCCUUCUCUCUAUGAUGAUGAGAGUAAUACAAGUCAACACGAGUCUCGAUUAAAUCGAUGUUCACCUUCUCUCGAGUCUACUACUGUAAAUCGAUGUUCGAUGUUCACCUUCUCUCUAACCUUCGGGAGUCCGAGAUGCUCGCUGUACCUGAGAUCACUGUGCCUCCCCAAUGUCCGUCCGGUAUCCAGUGUAUGGGACAACAGGACAUUUUGUUCGCAUUCGACAUGUCAGCGGGAGGCCUCUUUUCGUCUGCACAGUCGAAAACUGACAGUGCCACGAACUUGGAAGCUCUGCUUAAGGCUUGUGAUGAUUCGUAUGUUGCACAGGAGACAUUGUUACACUGCUAGGAACAGCAUGGUAGUUCCAGAGGUCGAAUGAACUCAGGUAGGAUGAACUCAGGAGAUGGAUCAUUGUGAGCUCUAAUUUGGAGGGUUUUCUACGACGGUUUGUGUUGAAACGCUUUGUCUCUUCGGAGCAGCUCAAGAUGGAGCGGCUAGCGGCAUUGAGCAAGGCGGCGGCGGCUAAGGCUGCGGAAACAGGGACUUCUGUUGAUAUGGCGAUGAAUGUUCUGCAAUUUUCUGCAUCUUCUUCGUGAGAGUAGUAUAGUUGCACUAGUACUACGAUCUAUGUGGUGGUGGAAGGUGGAGGUGCAGAGCUCAGGUCACACGAAGAGUGGGAUUUUCCGAUUACGAUUACAGACUAUAGUUGCACUACUUACUACGCCCAAAUUCACCACGACCUUUUCUAAUCGGACUGACGCAGCCACAGCUCCUCCACCUGAUGCAGCAGCUCCAGCACCCGCAUUCCUUUCUUCCUCUUCAAAGGCGUUCCUGCAAAGGGCCCAAAAGGCGGUCUCCAGCCAGCCAGGUAGUUCCACAGAAGCCGACGAGUACGGUAGUUUCAAUCAAACCAUUGGUUUCAUCGUGUAUGGAAAUGGGCAGAUCGAUUCAGCCGAAAUGAAGCCGACAAAGGCUAACUUGGCUAUGCCGCUGGGCCCGAUCAAUACUGCAAUGCUGAAGAAAACUCUGAAUUACGGGUCCGUCUUGAUGAGGAUCACUUUGUUCAUAUGAUAUGAACCUAAAAUAUAUCCUUCCCUAAGUAUGCUUUUCUUCGAAGAUGAUUCGAAGCAGACUGAUGUUUUUCUAUAACUAUGCUUUUCUUCGAAGAUGAUUCGAAGCAGACUGAUACUUUUCCUUAAACAGAUGUUCUUUAUUUUCUAGAGUGUCUAUGCAUAAAUCAUGCAACUGCAGCAGGUGACACAUCCAUUCCACGAUAUUUAAAGAGCUCUAAUCAAAGACUGGCCUAACCCUGCAGAAUCCAGGUUAUCCUAACGCAGCUCAAGCAAUGGCUAUGGCGGAGUCUGAGUUCGAACAAAACAGACGACCAGAAGCACAACAAGUUCUUGUCUUGGUGACCGAUGGGCAUUCACCUGCAGUAUUUCGAGAACAAGCCGUUGCAGCAGCGAAAAAACUCAAAGCCACUGGGGUCCGAAUCAUGGUUCUCUUGUUGUCUCCGGGUGAAGGGGAAAGCGGAAGUUAUGACUGAAUUCCACUUGCUGUCAACAACAGGGUCGGCCUCGUUGGUAAGUCCAAUAAGUCAACAUAAGAUGCACUGCACAGUACACGAACGAUGAUCUUGCAAUAUUUCGAGUUCUUCUAGACACUCCUUUUCUAAUCCUUCACCGCAUCAGCCGCAGCAUAUGCCGAAGAAUCGUCGCCAACUAGUGCUAGCUCCUCUUCCGCGUGUAACGGGGGCGUCUUUCAAGAGUGGGCUAGCUUUCUACGGAUGUAGUUUUUUCCAUCCUAGGUAGCGACCAUUGCCUGGCACUUUUUUCAACGGGAAAAAGUGUGACAACCCUGGCACUUUUUUUGAGUGCUUGAUAGGUCGUGGUCUGCUCUACACGCAUGGGAAAGGCUCGAUCUUCUUUCAUACUUUCCACCAUCGCUGAACAUCAUUCGCAUCCCUGGAGGCAUUGCGAAACUGCAACCUCGACCAGCCGGUCAGCGGGAAUACUGGCUCAAUCACCUCGCUUUGCGACUCUGCACAGAGAGAAAGUUUCCUGGUGUUACGGAUGUGUGUUAUAUGGACGAGUUGAGAAGUCGGUGGAAGAGUUUUGGUUUCGAACUUCUACACUCCCAUAUCAUUAGCCAUCAUCUGCGCUAAUCCCAAUGGAGACGCUGCGACUGUUCCGGUUGCGCCAGACACGGGCGACGAGGAAGAAGCGGUGGCAGAUGAGGAACUAGAAGGGGAGUCAUCAGAUGGCACCGGAGAGUUAAGGCAACCUCCCAGGAGAACACUUUCUUGAGCGUAAUGCCUGGCUUCUUUUUCGAGUAGAAAAAGGGCACAGGGUUUGCUGGCACAAGGAUGAGAGUCUCUGGAAUGCGGUGUCUCUAACAGGCGACGCAGGUGCACCAGCAGAAGAGACCGCAGCAGCUACGCCUUUCUCUGCGGUAGUGUCACCUGCAGACAAGGUAGCUGAGCUAGAGGCGGCUGAGAUGGCAGCUCGCGGAGCAGCAAAGAUCUUAAGGGAAGCUGCAGCCGCAGCGAGAAAUGAAGUGUAGGAGGAUUUAGCGCUUGGUUUUUGGGGAAGAAGACUGUGAUGCAAAUCAUGACUUCAAUGUGGUCUCUUGGGGAAGAAGAUGAAAACUGUGUUUUUUCCAACGAUAGAUCUGAGGCAGUCAGCGCGAAGCAUCAUUCAUUGUAUGACGAUCAACAAUUGAACUCUGGAUAUUCCUAUUCUUUUUUCCAAAACUGAAGCAUCCUCGUGAUGCCAGGAGAUAUGAAAAACGUGACAGCACUAGGGAAACAGCAGGCGCCGGGCAUUCGUGUCUGCAUAUCUUGUCGAGCUGCCUGCGUGUGCGUCG